UCUAGUUUCAGGAAUUGAUAGUUGUGACUCGUGGGCACUUCACAUAAAUAAAGCCUGGAUAAGAAAACUUUGCCUCUCGGCUUUUCUCCAAUGGCUUAUCGUCCUUUAGCCACCACCUCUCUCCUCAUCUUCUUCUUCUGCUUCUCCGCUUUCUCAACCACCUCUAAUUCUUCCACGGCUUCCAUAAUUCUACCCUCUGAUUCUCAGAAAGUUUCAUUGGGUCUGUACUACGAAUCGCUGUGCCCCUAUAGUGCCAACUUCAUCAUCAAUUACCUGGUCAAGCUCUUCGAAACCGACCUCAUCUCCGUCGUCGAUCUCAACCUCGUCCCUUGGGGUAAUGCCAAAAUCAGAGGCAACGACACCUUCGAUUGCCAGCAUGGCCCGUAUGAAUGCUUACUCAACACUGUGGAAGCCUGUGCAAUCCAUAUCUGGCCUGAACUGAGUGAGCAUUUUCCUUUUAUCAAUUGCGUGGAGACUUUAGUCUAUGAACGCAAGUACCCCCAGUGGGAAUCAUGCUUCGACAAAUUGGGUUUGGAUCCAAAACCAAUUACAGAUUGCUAUAGCAGCGGAUAUGGAAAAGAGCUUGAAUUACAAUAUGCAGCUGAAACAGAUGCCCUUGAGCCUCCUCAUAAGUAUGUGCCUUGGGUAGUUGUGGAUGGAGAACCGCUCUACGAGGAUUACGAAAACUUUAUAAGCUAUAUCUGCAAUGCUUAUAAAGGCGUUGCUUUGCCCAAGGCCUGUAGCAAAUUGAAUAUCAUACAAGGAGAGAAAACAAAUCCUACACAUCCGGUUUGCUUCGGGACAAUAAUACUGGCAUUAGCAGCAAGAAUAAAAUCAGCCAUAACAUCAUGGACGCGCCAGAUGAACACGGUCGUCUCGAUAUAGAUGUCUCUAGUUCCAUUUACUUUUAGGUUGGUUCAUCCCUGUUCUUCUGUAUUUUCUGGAGCUCUACCUUGCUUUUCUAUAUUUCCAGUGCCAACUUAAGGCAGGUAUGAAAUGGAGACUUGAUACUAAACAGAGAUAUAUGUAUUUUCUGGAGCUCUA